AUGAGAACCAAAGGUAGAAGAAGUAGCGAGAUUUUAAAUUCAAGUGAUGUCAUGUCACGUGAAAUUGAAAACCAAAGUAAAUAUAACAUGGAGGAUCUGUGUCUUCUUCAUAAUGAACGGAUCUUUUUCCCUGUACCGAUAGGACUAGAAGUUAUUUACUUCAAUAAUAGUAAUCAACGAUUCAAAAUAUUUGAAUUAUGUUUCUCGAUUAACAACAUAACCCAUGUUUAUCUCCAAGACAAUGCUUUUUAUUCAUGGGAUGGUCCAGUUCAUAAUCUAAAUUCCAUAAAAGUUCUCAAUCUUUCCAAUAACCUUUGUUCUCAUGUCUCAGAAAAUUUUUUCCAAUAUGCAGGAAGUUUGAUAGAAUUAUAUCUUGGAAAUAAUAUCCUUGGAUUUAGCUUAGCAUCGGAUAUGAAAGGUUUAAUAUUCAGAAAUUUGAGGAAACUUGAAAUGUUGGAUUUGAAAGAAAACCGAAUUUCGACACUACCAAAGAUUGUGUUUCAAAAUCUAGUGAAUCUAAAGUACUUAGAUUUAAGCAAAAAUUUUCUUAAAACAUGGGAGAUUAACACCAGUUACAUGAAAAUUGUUUAUUCCAUAGAACUAUCGAACAAUGAAAUAACGUCUCUUUCUGACGGAGAUAUGAAAGCCUUUGACAGAAUGGGAUCGACAAAAAAUUUAACAAUGAACUUUCUGAAAAAUUCUUUUAUAUGUACAUGUAGAACAAUCAACUUUAUGAAAUGGAUGGAAGAAAGAAAUAAAACCAAGAAAAUAAAUUUCUUGCAUUUUAACAAUUACAAUUGCACUGAAGAUGCAGAACACAACGGAAAAGUCUUAAAAUUUGAUAAAAUUAAAUUACAUAUUUUAAAUUUACAAAGAGAAUGCCGUUCGUUUUCUACAAUCAUUUUUGUAACAACUGGAACGCUGGUUUGCUUUCUAGUCAUACUUUGUACUGGUCUUGCCUAUAGAUAUAGGUGGAAACUUCGGUAUUUUUAUUAUAUGACAAAAAGCCGCUACCAUCAGUACAAAUCAUUGCGAAGUGAAAAUCUUCCCCUUAACCAGUAUGAUGCAUUUGUUUCCUAUGCUGAUGAGGACAGAUCCUUUGUCCUGAGAAUGAUAAAAGAAUUAGAAGAAGAGGAAGGCAUAAAAUUAUGUAUUCAUCAGCGCGAUUUUGUACCAGGAUUCGACAUCGCUGAGAACAUUAUAACUGCUGUUAACAAAAGUAGAAAAACAAUUAUUCUCCUCUCUCCUAAUUUCAUCAAGUCCAGCUGGUGUAUGUACGAGUUACAUAUUGCCAAAAUGGAAGAAAUUUACAGCAGGAAUGAUGAAAAUGUGAUUUUUCUUAUCCUUUAUGAAACUUUGCCUUUGAAGGAUAUUCCUCUUACUUUAAUGGAUUUGAUUAAUCAGAAGACAUACAUAGAGUUUCCAAAUGAUGAUCAUGAGUUUAGUGAUGAUGUGUUUUGGAGUACGCUAAAGGGAUCUUUCCAAUAAAAUUGCUUAAACUAAAUCUUCUUCAACAGCCCUUGCAUUUUCGAACAUAAUUUUAAAAAGUUAAAAUUACGGAGUUGCUAUCUUCUAAUUUGGUGUUUGCGACCGUUAAU